AUGUCUCGAACUACGCAAAUCACUUCCCUCAGUAGGGACCACGAUCUAGAGAGUUCGGUAACAACUUCCAUCCAGCUUCAGCCGCUCCCGCAAAGCGAGAUUCAGCAGCGCGACACACACCGUCAUGACGCUUCUGAUGGGGAACUAUCAGAUAUAGAUCCGGUACUGGAAGCUACCCGCGCUGCCGACAAUGAUGUGCCGGAUGGUGGCUAUGCAUGGGUCGUUAUCUUCGCUUCCGCCAUUGGUGUCAUACAAAAUGCUCUUCUUGAGCAGAAGCUAGCAUCAGCAGCCACUUUAUCCUUCAUUGGAUCUCUGUCUCCUACUAUGAUGGCUGUCUUGGCCAUCGUCAAUGCCCGCGUUAUCCGUUGGCUGGGUAUCCGCUUGAGCGCCAUACUCGGAAUCGUCCUCCUUGGAGUCGCCCAAUUGACGAGUGGAUUUUGCACACAUAGUGUGGCUGGGCAGUUUAUUAUACGCGGCGUUGGUGUCGGCCUGGGUAUGAGUUUGUGCUUUAUGGUGACCUCUACCAUCCCAGCGCAAUAUUUCAGCCGGAAGCGUGGUCUUGCUAACGGGAUUGUCUCCGCUGGUGGCGGUCUGGGGGCAGCUGUCCUCAGCUAUGUUCUGGAUGCCUUAAUCCAAGAAUUUGGCGUUCAAUGGGCAUAUAGGAUUGUAGGAAUCAUGACUUUGGUCACCGGGCUUCCUGCCGCCUGGAUCAUGAAAGAGCGCACAACUCUCCCAAAAGUUAGCUUUAUUGAGUGGCGAUUAUUCAAGGACCUGAAAUUCGUUUUGAUCUUCGUUGCAGGAGCCAUUACAAGGUUCCCACUUCUUGUACCAGCCUUCUUCCUACCAUUUUAUAGCAGUUCGAUUAAGCUGCCGUCAAGCACUGGUGCUGCUCUCUUGUCUGGUUACAAUUUCUCAUCAGCCGUCGGCUUCAUCAACGGUGCCUCGAACGGCAUGUAUUUUGCCACAGUGCCGACUGCCGUGGGCAACAUCUUUGGAUCUGCCAGGGUGUCUGUUGCUUUGGGCAUGAUUGUAACUGGCUAG